UACCUGCAACAAUCCAUUCACAUUGGUUAAAAUCAAGACAUGGUUGAAUGGCGCAGAAGGGGAAGAAAUAGGGGGACUUAGUGCAGCAUUUGGUACACUUUUACCUACGGAGGAAAAAAAGGGUGUCAAAUUGCGUGCUUCUUACACAAACCCUUUGAAUUGCUGUUCCAGUAUCUCUCCGAAAUUAUCGGGUGCUAUGGCAUUAGCAAUGCGUGGUGAAUGUGAUUUUUUAACAAAGGCUAAAGUUGCGCAAGGAGGAGGUGCUGAAGGCAUUGUGAUAAUAAAUGAGGAUGAAGCUCUAGUGGAGAUGGGUUGUUCUGGAAAUGAGGAUGUCCAAAUAAAAAUACCAGUGGUGAUGAUAUCUAAAUCUGGAGGAGACAUAAUUCGAAAAUACAUGGAUGCUGGAAACAAAGUGCACCUGCUUUUGUAUGCGCCAGAUCGCCCCAUUUUGGAUUACUCAGUGAUAUUCUUAUGGUUGAUGGCUGUUGGAACUGUUUUUUGUGCAUCUAUUUGGUCAAAAUUUACUGCAUCCAAGGCGAUUGAUGACUACCAACUAUCUUCCAAGGAAUCUGCAGGAGCAGCAAAAGAUGAAGGUGAUGAAAUACUCAAUAUUAAUGCAAAAAGUGCCAUAGUCUUUGUCAUUUCAGCCUCCACUUUUUUGGUGCUACUAUAUCUCUUCAUGUCUUCUUGGUUUGUGUGGGUGCUGAUAAUACUUUUCUGCAUCGGAGGAGUUGAGGGUAUGCACAAUUGUAUAGUAACACUUAUAUCAAGUAAAUGUAAAACUUGUGCAAGGAAGACGGUAAAUUUGCCACUUCUGGGGGAAACAUCCAUUUUAUCUCUUGCGGUGUUGUUACUUUGCUUGGCUUUUGCCAUAUUUUGGGCUGCAAACAGGAAAGAAUCAUACUCUUGGAUUGGCCAAGAUAUUCUUGGCAUAUGUCUAAUGAUAACCGUCCUGCAGAUGGCUCAGUUACCCAAUAUAAAGGUUGCUACGGUACUACUGUGUUCUGCAUUCAUGUACGACAUUUUUUGGGUGUUCCUAUCACCUCUAAUAUUCCACGACAGCGUUAUGAUUGCGGUUGCUAAAGGUGACAAAAGUGGGGGAGAAUCCAUCCCAAUGCUUCUAAGGGUACCUCGACUCUCAGAUCCUUGGGAUGGUUAUGAUAUGAUUGGGUUUGGAGACAUUCUGUUCCCUGGCUUGCUAGUUUCUUUUGCUUUUAGGUUUGACAAAGCUAACCAAAAGGGUCUACUGAAUGGAUACUUCCCUUGGCUAAUGGUUGGGUAUGGAGUCGGCCUUUGCUUUACUUACCUAGGGUUGUAUCUAAUGAAUGGGCAUGGUCAACCUGCCCUUCUCUACCUUGUACCCUGCACAUUGGGAACUUGUGUCGUGCUGGGUAUGAUUAGAGGUGAAAUGAGAAAACUUUGGACCUAUGGCACUCAAUCCACUGAGAUGCCUGGAAGUGCCUGAUAUACUGUGUACUGUGUAUACCAAAAGAAACAACUGAGUAGCUUUUGAAGGUUAAAGACCUCGGUAUUUCCAACUAUCUACUUGCUAUUUUCGUUUAGUGUUCUCUUAUGUUUUUAACUCCUCUUACUGUAUAUAUUAGUAGUUGUGUACCAUAAACGGAAUAUUUACUUUACAUAUUAUGCUGUAAUAUAUGUCUUAUGUAGCACGUUGUAACACCCCUUCACAUUUUGUUGGUUGUGUAAUGAAUUGCUUUACUUUUCCAGAUUAAAUUGGACUUUCUAAUCUACGUCCC